AUGUGGGGAACCAGUUUGACGAGGUUUUUUGCAAAUCUAAACGAGGCAGGAUGCGAACCAUCUUGCGAACCUUUUGCCUUCAACUGUAUGAACAAACCACAAGAUACCACACGACAAAUCGAGUCACUCGAUGCUUAUUUUCUGGUCGGGACCGCGGAGCUUCUCGGUGAAGGUACGGUCGAAGCGAUAGGAUAA